GUGGUUGCAUGUGCCAAAUUCCGGUUGACACAUCGCAACUUUUUGUAUUUUUUUUUAUAAAAUUUUAAAUGAUUUUAAGCCUGGAUUUUUCAGGAUGAUUCGCCGAAAAAAGGCCGAAGAUGCAAAAACAUAGAUCUAAAUUUCAUACUGAAGAUGAAGAUGUAAGAAGUCAAAAAUCACACUAUACACAUGCAAAUAAAUUUGGAUCCGUGGAGACACCUUCGAAAAACGUUGAAGUUUCUUUGGAAGUGGAAUUCGAUGAUGAGGUACGAAGUUUAAUAAACAAUCCUGAAAAAUGUCCAUCGGCUCUUCUAGAUGUCACAGUUGUCAAGCCUAAAGGACUCGAUGACUACACUACCAAAACUCAAAUUUUAAAAGGCAAGCAAGUUAAAAAACUACUAAACUCUAUGAAAUUGGAACCACCGGACAAACGCAAACUCAUGGAAAAACUAUUUGGAACUGGAGACAUAAGUGAAUUUACCAACAAAGAAGACGAAAGAAAAUCUUGUUUGAGAAAAAAAUCUUGCUUAUCUUCAAAAUCUAAGCAGAGAUUCUGCGAAUCCUCUUUGGCAUUAGAACAUGGAGAUAUACGACGUAUAACGGAUAAUUCAAACUCUGCUGUUUUUUCUAUGUAUUCACAGAGAAGAAGCAAUAAAAACAUUAGCAAUAAGAACCCAGUUCAACAAGUUUAUACCACACCAAACACGCAUGAAAACAUCAGAGCCAUGUUUGCAUGUAAAAACCAAAAAAGAUGUAAUUAUGAUAAUAAUAAGAAAGAGGAACCAUGCCAUUGUCAAAACUGCGCUAUAGUAGGAAUCCUAUCUGAUUCUCAAAAGAAACCAUUUGCAACUGAGCCUAUUCCGUCUGCUGUAGAAGAAAAAGAGUCGACAAUACGGUUUAGAAAACCGAGUAGGAAAAAGUCAGUUAGCUUUAAACAAACAGAAGACUUAGCAGGUACUACCAGCAGGUACUCAGCCCACGAUGACUGCCAGGCCAUAUUUAAGCUUCUUUAUGGCAGAAUCAACGAAUUAGAAAAAAGAAUGUUAUUACAAGAAGAACGAGCAGUUCCAAAGGAUUAUUUCAAAAAAAUUAUUACGAAACUCGUCACCCACUUAUCGAAACUUACACACUACACAACAGAAGAUAGACAUGUGGGCAAUUUAAUUAAUCCUUCGUAUAAAGAACCUGCAAUGCCCCAUUCUUCGAAAUACAAGCCACCACCCACUGAUAAGCAUCGGUACUACCACGUAAAUCCUGUGCUGAUAGACAAUACGUUUAAGAUGCCUUCUGAUAAGGAACACGAUCCGAAACCUUGUUGGUCUACAGGACCCACCGAUAGCCUAUUAAAAUGGGGUGGCGAUGUUAUUAAUUCGGGUCGAGAUUUAAAAAAUAAACUGUUGCAGAUAUUGGAAGAAACAUUGCAAAAUUUAAAAAAGAGUUGGGAAAAACCUCAGUCUAAUGAUAGGAGAAGUGAAGACGACUUACAGAAAAUUAUGGAAGAGUUGUCGAUGAACGUCGAAAAAACAAUUAAAGGUUCACCUAGACAUUCAGCAUCUAGAAGAUCUAGAGAUCAUGAAACCGUCAAGGACCGGUAUAGACAACCUACAUUAAUUCCAAGACUUAAGAAGAGGCAUGGCCCUGCCGUCAAUGUGGCUUACAUCAAUCCAGAACUGCAGCGAUGGCCUGAAGAGUCGUCAGUUUCUUUUAAAGUGGAAACCAGUGAUUAUGACUCGCACCUAGAAAACAUGAGUUCUAAGAAGAGGGAGUAUAAACAAGAGUUUUUGAGAGUCUUGAGAAACACGAAAAAAGCAGAUAAAUUCAAACUCUGGCAGACUAUCUGGAAUCAAGCAUUAGAAAAUCGUCAGAAGAAGACCGACUAUGUGACGAUUCAAAUUCCUGAUCCAAAGGAUUCCCUGCGGAAAAAGAUGAUCCAUCUAGAAUAUACUAUUGGCGAGUUAGAACAUUUUCUAGUUAAUGACCAGGAACUUAAAAGAUAAUAUUGUGUUUGUCUGCGUAUAACUGUGAAGUUUUUUUUUUCAAUAAAACCUAAUAAUAUA